AUGGCGCCCAACUACGUGCGCGUGGGCGUGCGCAUCCGUCCUCCCUUCGAGGACGAGAUCGCCGACGAACUCGCCGAGGAGCCGGGCGGCGGCGGCUGGCGGCCGGCCGUGUCCGUCGUCGAGGCGCGCGAAGGCCAGGCCGUCGUGCGCCUCGAGCUCGGGAAAAAGCGCGCGCGCGAGUUCGCCUACGACUACGCCUUCGGGCCCGAGGCCAGCCAGGCGGACGUCUUCGACGCCGUCGCGGCGCCCGUCGUCGACGCCGUCGCGGCCGGCGGCGCGCACGGCACGGUCUUCGCCUACGGGCAGACGGGCACGGGCAAGAGCCACACGAUGGGCAUCCUCGAGGGCCCGGCGGGCGCGCCCGACCGCGGCGGCCCGCGCCGACCCGGACCCGACGCGCCCCCCGCGGCCGGCCGCGAGCACCCGGGCCUCGGCUUCUACGUCGAGGGCCUCCGCGAGUACGUCGCGCUCGGCAACGUCAUCGCCGCGCUCUGCGGCGACGCCGCGGCCGGCGGCGGCUGCCGGCGCGCGGCGCACGCGCGGCACCGGCGCCGGCGGCGCGGGCUCCGGCCCGCGCGCGCGCGCGGCGGCGGCGGGGACGCGGCCCGCGCGCCAGGCGGCCCCGCGGAGACGGCGCUCGUCGCCACCGUCGGCCCGGGCCGCCGCUCCGCGGCCGAGACGCAGUCGACGCUCCAGUUCGCGAGCCGCUGCGCGCGCGUCGCGCUCGGCCCGCGCGGCGCGGCCGGCGGCGGCGGCGCCGCGCGCGCGCCGGGCGCCGCCGUCGACUACGCGGCCGAGUGCGCGCGCAUGCGCGCGCGCCUCGCGGCCAUGGAGGCCGAGGCCGGCGCGCGCGAGCGGCGCCAGCGCGCCAAGUUCGAAGCGACGAUCGCGCGCGUCCGCGCGGACGCGGCCGCCGGGCCGCGCGCGGCCGCCGGCGCCGCCGGCGCGGCGGCGCCCGCGCGCGCGUCGGGCCUCGCGGCGCGCUGCCGCGGCGUCGCGGCGGCGGCGGCGGCCCUCGCGGCGGCCCUCGCCGCCGCCGCCGACGGCGCGACGGGCGACACGCGCGCGGCAAGCGACGCGAGCGUGAAAGCCGACGUCGACUCCUGGAGCUUUGUGCUCGAGCACCUCGUCGCGACGAACGCGCGGCUCCGCGCGCAGCUCCGCCACGCGAGCGCGCUCCACCCGGACGCGCGCGUCGCGCCCCUGCCCUGGAGCGGCGCCGCGGCGGGCCCCGCGGCGUCGCCGCCGCCGCCGCGGCGGCCGGCCGCGCCGCGCCGCGAGGAGGAGGAAGGGGAGGCAGACUCGGCCUACUCGCAGCUGGACGCAGAGUCGGCCUACUCGGAGCUGGACGACGACUACUCCCAGCUCGGCUAG